AUGGCAAGUUUGCUUACUAACCUUCCUUAUCACAAUGGAUUCAACCCCACUACUGGCGACGAAGAAGGUUCAAGAUUCAUCACAAACACUAACCCUAAUUUCAUCACUCCAAGCCAUCUCUCUCUUCCGUCUCCUCAUGUUAUGACCCCAUUGAUGUUCCCAACUUCGAGAGAAGGAGAGUUCAAGUUUCUAACCACCAACACAAACCAACCUCAUCAUCAAGAUAAUAACUUUUACAACAAUCUUGAUGUUUUUCCAGCCACACCAAUCAUAAACAAUAAUGAUCCCCAAUGGCCAGCAUUACCAGAUCUCCCAGCGAGUACCAUUUCCACUUUCCAAGAAACCCUUCAAGACUUUGAUGAUGCUAAUAAACUCAACGUUAUUGUAACACCAUACAACGAUAAUGGCGAUUCUCGAAGCAUUCUUCCUUUAAUGGCUACAAAGUUAUUAUGCGGAGAAGUUCUUGAAGGCAAAGUUAUAGUCGUGUGA